AGUUCCAGCCUACUAGUGCCAGUUAUAGGAAACACCUGUUUGAAAGAGAGGAGACUUUGAAGAAAGAAGAAGAAGUAGCUCCUCUCAUCCUUGAUCAGGUCAACCAUGCGUUUGGGGAAAACCUUUAAUUUUUACUUUGCCACUGGACUGAUAGUCGGAUUUCUGUCCCUUCACCUGCUGUUGUACACGGGUGGCUCGACAAAGCAGUCCAUUCAGUAUCUGAGUCACCUGGAGCCGCAUGUCAAAGGAGAAGUAUAUCACACAGAUGAGAAGAACAACACACCAUCCGCUCCUCUGCGGUCAGUGCGCAUCUUAUGUUGGAUCAUGACGGGACCCCAGAAUCUGAAAGGCAAAGCCAAGCACGUCAAAGCGACUUGGACCCGGCACUGUGACAAAGUGCUGUUCAUGAGCUCCGUGGAGACGGACUUCCCCACUGUGGGGCUGAACGUGAGCGAGGGGAGGCAGAACCUUUAUUGGAAAACCAUUCGGGCUUUUCAGUACGUCCACCGGCACCACUUUGACGAAGCAGACUGGUUUGUGAAGGCAGACGAUGACACAUUCAUUGUCAUCGAAAAUCUCCGCUAUGUUUUGUCCAAGUAUGACACAGAGGAGCCUCAUUACCUGGGCAGAAGAUUUUCCCCUUUCGUCAAACAAGGCUACAUGGCUGGAGGAGCAGGUUAUGUCCUCAGUAAGGAAGCGCUGAGAAGAUUCAUUAAAGGUUUUGAGACCGGCAAGUGCACCCACUUCUCUGACAUCGAAGACAUGGCCAUGGGACAAUGUAUGGAGACGAUGAAUGUGUCAGCGGGGGACAGUAGAGACGUAAAGAUGAGACAGACAUUUUUCGUUUUCCCACCAGAAUACCAUCUAGUCAGACAACCUCCAAGACCUCGACCUUGGUACCUGCUGUACGAUCAUUACCCUGUAUCAGAGGGUCCAGCUUGCUGCUCAGACUUCACCAUCUCCUUUCAUUACCUUUCUCCUGACAUGCAGUACGUUUUGUACUAUCUGACCUACCAUCUGCGGCCAUAUGGAUACAAAUACAGAUUCAAUCCUGAUAAAAAACAUGUAAAAUGAGAGUGUUUGCUCAACAGCCACCCUAGCAGGUGGAGGAGGGCGGUGGCUUUGUCUGAAUGUUACAGAGCAACAAAGAGCAAGAGCAAUAAACUGUGGACAUUGAAUUGAUGAAGACCUGUGGACAUUGUUCCUAUCCUUCUUCAAGCACAAAUCAACUGUCAACUGUGUACAGUAAAUUGUGAUUUAUGACAUUUUGAGUGUUUUAUGAAGCUGCUAUUUAAUGUGCAAUGAAGAAUCAAGAUCAUUAAGACGAUGCAUAUCCUGGGUCAUUUCUUAUCUGUCUUAUGACUCGCGCUUUACACUUUGUGUUGCUCUACAAUCAUUGUUAGAAGUGUACGUUGUUGUCAAAGCAAACCAUGCUGAUCUGUUGGUUAUGUUAUAAUUUACAUAAUUCAGUUAAUGUUUAUGAACUAUUGUGUGCAAUAAAUAAAAUUAUUUGGGGCAAAAAAAAAAAUGGCUUCACAGACUGGAAUCAGCUUUCCGUAUUUUGUCUUAAUCAAUGAAGGUAAGGGGUCAGCAAAAAGACCCGGGUCCAUGACGGGCUGGAAGAGGGGCCUUUCCGCUCAGUGUUUACAUGUUCUCCCACGGUCCAAAAACAUGCAACAUAGGGAUUAAGUAAA